GAAAUAUUUAUUUACUUAUAUAUCAGUUUGGUUGUUUUUGAGUUGCAGCAAAAUUGAAUACAAUGAAAACAAGGAGACGAAAUUAUGAUAGUGAUGGUAAGGACAGACUCAGUGAUUUACCUGAUUGUCUUUUACUUGAAAUAUUGUCGAAUUUGAAUGUCAAGCAGGCUGUUCAAAUGUCCAUCCUAUCCCCAAGAUGGAAGAAUCUCUGGAAACAUAUGUCCGUUGUUUCUUUAAAUUAUCGUUUCUCCUUCGAAACACUAGAAAGUAUCACUAAUUUUGUCUCUCAAUUUUUGUCUCUCCGCGAUGACAAAACGGAUACUCAAACUCUCAUUUUUUACUGCCCCGUCUAUAUUGAGUCUCACCUCCUUGAAAGGAUCCUAAAAUAUGCGUUUUCACAUCAUGUCCAACAAUUAGAUAUGAGUGUAGCUUGUAAUAUUAGACAAUUUCCACUUUGCAACUUUUCAUAUCACACUUUAACUUCUCUUAAACUUACAUCAUGCAACAAAUUGGAUGGUAGUCCGAGACCAUUAUUUCCAAAUUCUCUAAUAUUACCUGCAUUAACCCACCUGUCUAUCGGAUUAUUUGCCUUUCACCGCAGUUGCACUACUUCAGAAGAUCAUAACGAUGUUGAACCCUUUUCUGUAUUUAAAAGUUUGAAUACUUUGAUCAUUCAACUUUGUAAUGUAAGGAACCCUUUGGAAGACACCCUAUUCAUAUCAAGUGUUUCCCUUGCUAAUUUAACAAUAGCAAUGCCUAGCAACGCUUACAAAUUCAAGUUAUGUACCCCAAAUCUUUUUAGCUUUGAAUUUCUCGGUAAACCCUUACAAAAUCUACGUGGGCGCAAUUGCAAUAACAGUUGCAGUUUCUCUUCCUUUAAACAUGCAAAGAUUCGUUUACCAUUCGGGACCGUUCUUGCUAAUUGUCCUUUUCCUCCUAUUCUAUUCAAUUGGCUGGUUGAGCUUGCCCUUAUGGAAUCAUUGACAGUUUCUUCAAAGACUCUUCAGAUUCUCAACUUAAUUCCUGAUUCGUGGAAGAUUGAUUUCCCUUAUUUACAUAACUUAAAGCUGUUGAAAAUAGAAACAGACGGACUUUCGGUGCCCAAUGGAAUAGUAGACUUUUUGCUUCAAAACUCACCGUCAGCAAAGAAAGUAAUCAAAUACUGAUAAAAGAACCACCUGAAGGACUUGUAUUUUGAAGAUAUCAACAUACGCGUGGAUGCAGUGACUACAGCAAUUUUUCCGAGAGAUCUUUCCAUAGCCAAAUAGUAUUAUUAAGAUUUAUUUAUUUUCCCUGCAAUUUACUGAAUUAUUGUUUUUAUUUUGUUUAUCAAAAGAAUUUAUAUGUUUCAACUUUCAA